AUGCUGCCGUUGGCAGCCAUGCUGCAACAUUGACAGCCAACUCCAACACACCUGCUCCCUACAUACCCACAACACCCCCUCCCCAACUGCUGCAGCCAUCAAUCUCCUUAACCUUCUCAAGAUUGCAAACAACAUGUCCCAUCCCCUGUAUAACCCCUAUGCCCCUGGGAACCAAAGUUCCACCCAGGGACAGUAUGGACUCUCCAGUAUACCGGCAGAAAGGGACCCUCAGAUGGCAUCUUCUCGCCUUGGACCUGGGUCCAGCUUCAACUCUCCUGUGACUUCUUCUGGGACUCCUGCCAACUCUGGGGGAAUACUCCCGUCGCUGCUGCCUCAGUCAAUGAACUACAGGCCUGAACAGAGUAGGGCCAUAAUAGACGAGAACAUAGAGAGGUCUAUAGACAUGCAUAUUAGCAGAGCCAGAGAGGAAGUAAGGCUUCUUGGCAAACCGAUGCAUCAGCCCAUAGACCAGGGCACUUGUUUUACCAGCACUCAAAGGAAUGAGUUUCUCUCCUCAGGCACAGGGAUGGUCUCCUACCAAAUGUCCUCAACCUCUGCCUCUCUAGGACAUAGACAAUCUGGCGUUGAAAGUUGCAGUAACUCCUUGGACUGGUCAUCGAACCUCAACAGGCCCACUGCUGAUACCCCCUCAAAAUUGUAUCCAUCAUCUGCUUCGUCUAACUAUGCAAGUGGUGGUGACGGUAGGUUUAGUGCCUCCAGUGAAAGCAGUCAUAAGCAGUCUAUUCCAGACAAACCUGCGGCCACUACAGAGCCCAAUCGACCAAAGUACACUUCUGAAUCAGCUUCUAACAUCCUUCAGCACUUUGGACUUGAAAAAGAGGACUUGGAACAUCUCAUCUCCUAUCCUGAAGACCAGAUCACCCCUGCUAACCUGCCGUUAAUCUUGCGGCAAAUCCGCAUUGAGAAGACCAAGAGAGCUUCAACUGCAGUUCAGUUAAAACCCUGCCCCAAUCCCCAACCCACCAGAAGUGUAAGUGAAAUGAACAGUCACAGUUUGAGCAGUUCUGGAGGGGCGGGGAUGCGCCAGGAGGAAAUGUCAUCAGCUGGUCUCCAGCAGAGUAAAGUGAUUGACUAUGGACAUACUGGUAGCAGUAAAGCUAACAGUGGUGAGACUGGAAAUAUGUUGCAGAUAGACACUUGCGAUAGUAGCCGACACAUUCGAGAACCACUGCAAAAAAAUACAACAGAGGUGAAAAGCAGUGCCUUGGGUUCUUUGAGUGACCAGGCGAGUUCUGUUUCCAGCCUCAGCUCUUGGUAUAGUUCAAUAAUGAGCUCUGUGGCUUCCCCAAGCAAUGAUCAGACCAGACAACUGCAGACCCAACCAAAACAGACUUCCCAAACAGUCCUCAGCUCUUUCUCUCUGCCAAAGAAAGACACCAACAUCCGAGUUCUCAAGUCUGAAGCCCCCAAACCCCUUCCUUUGAAAGAACCAGAGGCAGGUCAGCAGUCAAUGAAAACCCAACCACCCCCCACUCUGUACCCUGGUGUGCAUCCCAGCCAACAUGGCCUUGUGCUCUUUGACAGUAAUGACGCCAGUGGCGCUAAGGAUCAGAGCAAAACUCAAGGACAAAGGUCUACAGUUGCUGAGCAGAUGAAAAAGCAGCAGACACAGAAGCAGCCGAUACAGCAGACAGAGCAAGCGAUGUGGCCUCCAGUUUUUUCUGCUGUGACAUCAGUUCCCCCUGCUUCUCAAAUCCCCAGCAUCACUAAUGCCAUGCAACGUCCGCUGUUUAUCCCUGGUGGUCCUCACCCCAAUGCUAUUCCUCCAGCUCUGCCUCAGCCAAUCCCGGGCCUGAUGAACCGUACUCAUCUGACGCUGCCACCUUCCAACAGUCAGCCUCCGGCAAAGAGGGCAGUCUCCAAGGGUCUGCCAACGGCAGCCAUGAUGCAUGACUAUGCAAUGGCCACGCCGAGAAUCUUUCCUCAUACCUGUACUCUGUGUAACAAAGAAUGUACUCGUAUGAAGGAUUGGAUCUCCCAUCAGAACACUAGCCUUCACCUUGAGAGCUACAAACUUCUCCGAAAACAAUACCCAGAGUGGGAUGGUGCGAUUGAAACCAGGCCCAGUGCUGCAGGUAAAGAUGCCAAGCUCUCCCCCGAAACCUGUAUAGUGACUCACCAGCAUCGUCACCAGAAAGUCAGGCAAAGAAGCCGCUUCCGUUCUCACUCGUCCAGCCCCCGUCGCCGCCAUGGCUCAGAGGGUAGAAGGGAGAAAAGCAGUAGCAGAUCGAGUUCGCCGCAAAGCCCCAGAUACACUCGCAGGUCCCGGUCUCGUUCUCGUUCCCCAUGGUAUGAACGCCCUACCUCCUCUCGCUAUCGGUCGCGUUCAAGGAGCCGCGAGAGACAAUCGUCACUGAGGAGGAGAGAUGAGAAACGGUCCUCACCACGGAGGCGAGACGAUAGACGAUCAUCUCCAAGGAGGAACCGUGAGAGGCGAUCAUCUCCGAGAAGUGGCCGCGAGAGACGAUCAUCUCCAAGGAGGAGCCGUGAGAGGCGAUCAUCUCCGAGAAGUAGCCGCGAGAGACGAUCAUCUCCAAGAAGUAGCCUUGAGAGACGAUCAUCUUCAAGGAGUAGCCGUGAGAGGCGAUCAUCUCCGAGAAGUAGCUGCAAGAGACGGUCAUCUCCAAGGAGGAGUCACGAGAGACGUUGGCCACCAGCGAGUAGUGAUCAGAGACAAUCCCCUCAACGAAAAGACUCGUUCAGUGCAGAGAGCCUGGCUGAGAAACUACUGGAAUCAACAGCUUUGCAGUCUCUGUCAAAUCAGUCUGACCUGGAGGCCGUGGUUAAAACUCUGGCUCCUGCCUUACUGGCCGAGCUAGCCAAGAUGAAACCUUCCUCAUCUUCUACUGCAUCUUCCUCAUCCAUCUCCUCUACAGCAAAGAAGAAAGAGUUACCUAAAAAGCUCUCUAAAAUAAAUCUCAGCCUGCAGAAGGGAGAGUCUGGUAAAUCUUCAACCACAACCAUGGUGCAACCACAACAGGUUUUUAGUUCUGUUCAACUUUUGAAGCACAAAUCAAAGUCAAUUGUACUGUCUGAUUCCAAACUGGAAUCUCAAGAAAAUAAACCAACAUCAUCCUGUGAAAAAACAAAAACAAUCCUCCUCAACAACAUUUCAUUGAGUGAGUCCAAUCAGCUCAGAGAAGUUUUGAAAAAAAAUAAAUCUGUCAAGAACGUCUCAUCUCCUCAAGUGCCUCAUCUCAACAGGGUAUUUAUAGAAUUUGAGUCCACUCGUGAUGCUGAUCAGCUCGGAGUUUGGUUGAGUCACCUCAAACAACCCCCUGGCUAUGAAGUCCACAGGCUGGCAGUACCAUACACCAGCUGUACAUCACUACCUCUGCCUCAGCCAAUCCCGGGCCUGAUGAACCGUACUCAUCUGACGCCGCCACCUUCCAACAGUCAGCCUCCGGCAAACAGGGCAGUCUCCAAGGGUCUGCCAACGGCAGCCAUGAUGCAUGACUAUGCUACGGCCACGCCGAGAAUCUUUCCUCAUACCUGUACUCUGUGUAAAAAAGAAUGUACUCGUAUGAAGGAUUGGAUCUCCCAUCAGAAAACUAGCCUUCACCUUGAGAGCUGUAAACUUCUCCGAAAACAGACUAAAGUUCAGCGUGUUGGGUCUUCAAAGAGUCCUAAAACAGUCCUAAAACAGCCUCUACAAGAUUCCAGUGAGAUCACACUAAACUUUGAACCAGACACACUUGACCUGUCACAACCUGCUCUGCAAACCAGUGAACCUGCUGGAUCCACCAUUUUUGAACCCACCACAGCAGGACCAAGUGCUACAGCCAAAAGUGACGUAGCAAUGAAGGACGGUCCUGUUACUGCAGUGGAUGCAGCGUCAGCCAGUGAUGCCUCCAAAUGCAAUGCACAUACCCGUCCCACUAAAUGGGGCAGGGUAAAAACGUGCCUGCGUCCAUUCAGAAUAAAGUGCCUCAAGCUGAAAAGCUGUUUAUUUGGAACACCAGAAUAUAAUCUACGUGGUCGCAAGCAGUUGCUCAUAACCAACCUGCCUGAGUAUUACAACGGCUGCUACACAGAAAAGGAUCUUGCUGAUUUUCUCAUACCCUUUGGGUUUCAAUAUACAGAUGACAACCUCCAUAUUGUUCCUCUGUCUGGCAUGGCCUUUGUCGUGAUGCCGAAAGCCCAGGAUGUUUACACCUUACUUAAAGCCUCCCAACUGUAUAACAUUACUUUCAAAGGGUCUAAACUUUGUUUCCGUGUAAUGGUCAACAACAUUACAAUGACACCGCUUUGGUUUUAUAAAUCGCUGAUGAAGCUGAUGCGUCAUCAAGUAUGUGACGAUGGAUCGAAAACAAUAUUCAUCAAGAACAUUUCAUGGCGUCAGUCCAACCAGCUCAGAGAAGAUUUGGAAAAAAUAAAUUCUGUUAAGCACUUCCUGCCUCUCCUCAACAAGGUGUUUGUAGAAUUUAUAUCCAUUGGCGAUGCCGAUCGGCUCGGAGUUUGGCACAGUCUUCUGAAACGAGCCCCUUGCUACGAAAUCCACAGGCUGAAAAUACCAUGCAACAGCGAUGUAUUAUAUUCACCAAAACUUUGCGGGAACAUUCUGCCAGACAGUAAGCAUGCUGUUGCUGGGGCAACUGUGCGGCCAAUAAAACUUGGUAUUCCACAGCGCAGUGUUGGACCAGUUUGGGUCACAAUGAGAACUAGUCCCUUCUUGUUCCCUACCAUCUCUCCUUGGUUCAUCAUCCCAGAUUACCUGACAGUCAGAAGAGAGGAAGACAUUGAGGAGGCCAGUACUCGUGGUUCCAUGAUCCCCACAAUCAUGUUGACCGGUUUGCCAGAAAAAAACUACAAGUACGAGGAUGUGGCUGAACUGGUCUGGUGGCAUUUCCCGAAAUGGAACCUUCACUCCCUGUACUACAACAUUACAGUCUUAACACUGCAGAGGAGGGCCUUUUUGUUUUUUCCCAGUUGGACAACGUGCUGCACUUUUGUCCGAGAACACAUCGCAUGUCCAUUUUCUAUCAAUGGCUGCACGCUUGGUGUUCACUUUGUCUUGGAACACAUGUAUCCCGAAUCCAGUGAGGAGAUGAUGUACACAACUCUGAUGAAGUGGAGCAACGCUGGAGUUCCAGAGCCAACGUCUCUGGAGGAGCGGUUGAUGUGUGUGGAGGUUUCUGAGGCAUCUGUGGACGUCGUCAGGACGGUCAUAGAAGAGGUGGCGUCCAUCGCGACCUUUGUUGGCUUCUUGCCACUCGCCAACAGGAUAUGCAUUGAGAUGGCCGACUCCAGCGGUGUAACCAAGGUGGUGGAGAAAUACAACAAUUGCUCACCAGACUCUUUGAAUAGAGCAGCUUGGACUAAAGUUCAGCGUGUUGAGUCUUUAGAGAGUCUAAAACAGCGUCUACAAGAUUCCAGUGAGAUCACAUUAAACUUUGAACCGGACACCAUCAACGUCAAAGCCGAGCCCCCAGCUGUAAAAUGUCAAACCCAGCAUCCCUCUUCUGAACUAUUGGAUAAUGGGUCACAACCUGCUCUGCAAACCAGUGACCCUGCUGGAUCCACCAUUUCUGAGCCCACCACAGCAGGACCGAGUGCUACGGCCGCAAGUGACGUAGCAAUGGAGGAGGACUGUGAGAAACCAGGAACUGAGAUCGCCAUGGACUCCACUGUUGAUCCUGAGGCAAAUGAAGAUGUAGAGAAAGCAGAAGUAAAGGGGGAAGAGGGUUCAAUAACGACCUCGAUCUCCACUGCUGAUGUGACCUCUACCUCUGCCGUUAGCAGUGUAAACACGGUCCCAGCUGCUUCCAGUCCUGAUGCUUCCAGUCCUGCCACCACAGUGCUCAUGUCUGAAGAAAACUUUGCAAAACUUCCUCAGAUUAGUACGGACAUUUUUCAGGCCGUCGUGGCAGCAGUUCACAGCCCCAAACUCACCCCGGAUAAGUCCCAGAGUGAAGAGAAGGAUGUUUGGCUGUGGAGUGAUAGUUCACUAUUCUCCUACCAGAACUGGUGUCCUGGACAGCCAAACAACCAUCAUGGCAGUCAGCACUGUCUGCAAAUGAACUUUGGAGGAGGAAAAUGCUGGGAUGAUGUCCGGUGUUCUGUCCGUCGCCCAUUUGUCUGCAGUAAGAAAAUCUGGUGAUUCCUGGGCUGACACAGAGGCAUCAAGUACCUGUCGAGAGCACAAAUACUGUUUUUGUGUCAUCAGUCUCAUAUAUAUAACCUAAAGGCUCUAUAUCUCAUUUCAUAUCUCUCUUUUCUAUCGCUGUAACGCUACCAAAGGAUUGAAGAGACAAGUGACAUACAGGAGCUGGAUUGUCUCUUAGGCCUAAGAGCAGACUGAACGAGUUAUGAAAAUAAUGCUUUUAGCACAACUGUAUUCUCUCUGGGGAGUGAACUGGUCUUUGUUGUCUUUCAGUAUGCAAAAUUAAAAACUAUCAAGCAUUGAAACCA